AUGGCAAGUCGCAUGGUCGGGUAUGGAAGAGGAGGGGGAGGCGCCGACGAUUCUCGUGCCAGCGACGCUGGCGCCGCUGGCCGCGGUCGGGGUAGAGAAAGCGCGGACAGCGGCGGUCCAGGGCGUGGCUCUCGGCACCCGCAGGUGGCGCAGCAGCAGCCAAGGAACCAGUCUCAACGGCCGUCAGGCCAACAGGCUUAUCAACAAGCAACGGUGGAAAUCAACUCUGCCAGAUCGGCGGGCGGGAGCCGAAUCGGAAGUGGCGGUUAUCCGAGGUCCGGUGGGGGGGGAUUUCAGGGUUCCGCCGCUGAAGGCGGCGCAGAGAGGGUAAGCAGCGGAGGACGUUUUCCGCGGGUUGCGGAGCAGAGCGGGGUAUCGGCGCGCAGCGAGGCGGCGUCCGCCAAUUUUCCGGAAGUUACUUCCGCCAGCGGCGCGCCAACCUGCACUCCUGGAUUGGCUGGAGUGACACGUGGCCAGCGCAGAGUGGAUCACGGCCGAUCGACUGCCGCCACGUCAGAUCCUGGCACCACCAGCGCCAGCCGUACCAGUAGCGGCAGCGGCAGCGGCAGCGGCAGCGGCAGCGGCAGCGGCAGCGGCAGCGGCAGCGGCAGCGGCAGCGGCAGUGGCAGUGGCAGUGCGAGCGGCAGCGAGCGCAAGGGGGUGCUGGUGGUGGGGUUCUUUGGCCCGAAUGACUCACAGCUCACAGCACUGCUCAACCACCUGCUGCAGUACCCUGCCUUCUCCUCCCCCUCUUCUACCGAGUCCGCUUCCUAUUUUGCUGGAGAGGCUAAUAGCGGGUAUGUGGCUGCUGCUGGUGCUGGUGGUGGUGGUGGUGGUGAGGGCAAGGAGGAUGUUUUUGGUGCUGCCACGUGGCGACGACUGGGGCUGCCACGUGGCAUGCUGGAGCACGUUUAUGACCGGCAGCAGAACCUGGUGCUGGUGAAGCUGUGCACGAGUGUGAGUGAACGAACAGCUAGGAGUGCUGGUAAAAGUGUGACUAAAAGCGCUGCUAAGGGUGCUUCUAAAAGUGUGACUAAAAGCGCUGCUAAGGGUGCUGCUAAAAGUGGGACUAAAGCGAGGGGGGGUGGAGAGUAUGGUAAGGGGAAAGGGAAGGGGAGUAAGAGUGAAGGGGAGGUUGGGGAUUUAGUGGUAAGAAAGGAGGAGGGAGCAGAUUGUGAGGUGGGCGCUGGGGAAGGGGUGGGGGAACAGGUGGGGGAGGAGGUGGGAGAAGAGGUGGGGGAGGAGGAGGUGGGGGAAGAGGUGGGGGAGAAGGGAACUGAGAAAAGGGAAGAAGGGGACGGUCGUUCUGAAAAGGUAGACGGGGAGAAUGGGACAGGGGAGGAGGAGGAGGAGGAGGAGGAGGAGGAGGAGGAGGAGGAGGAGGAGGAGGAGGAGGAGGAGGAGGAGGAGGAGGAGGAGGUGGAGGAGGAGGAGGAGGAGGAGGAGGAGGAGGAGGAGGAGGAGGAGGAGGAGGAGGAGGAGGAGGAGGAGGAGGAGGAGGAGGAGGAGGAGGAGGAGGAGGAAGAGGAGGAAGAGGAGGAAGAGGAGGAAGAGAGGGAGGAGGAAGAAGAGGAGGAAGAAGAAAACGACGGGGAAGAGGAAGAGGAGUUGGACGAGGAAGCGGAAGAGGAAGAAGAGGAAGAAGAGGAAGAAGAGGAAGAGGAGGAAGCGGAAGAGGAGGAGGAAGAAGGGGAAGAGGAGGGUGACAUGGAGGCAGCGGUGCAGAGGGCGUGGCUGCUCUUAUUCACAGCGUGCCACGUGGUGGUGUGUGUGAGUCUGUCGCCCCUCUUCCCCCCGCACCUGCUGCACUCCUUCCGCACCCUGCAGCACGCCAAGCUCGCCCUGCUGCCGCGCCUGCUGCUGCCCCACGCUCAGCACAGCGAGACGCAGCGGCAGCUGCCGGCGCAAGAGCCGGCCCACCCUGGGAUAAACGCAUCGCUGCUGCCAGCCCUCCCCCCAGAAAUGCUCCUGCGCCAACUCUCUACUCAUGCUGCUCCCACCAGCAGCAGCAACACCACCACCAGCAGCAGCACCAGCACCGACAGCAGCAGUGAUUGCAGUGAGCACACCCCACAGGAGGAGGCGUGCAGGCUGCAGCUGCUGCCCGGCUUCACCACGCCCUGCCUGCUCUUCACCUUCCCCGUGCCCUUUGCCGCCGCUCAAGCCGCUCUCGCCGUGACUCACGCCGCAGGAGGUGGGGAGGGAGGGGGCAAGGAUGGUGGCGCUGGGGGCAGGGAGGCAGCUGCAGCAGCAGCAGGAGGAGGAUCAGCCACUGGUGCUGCUGCUUUGGCAGGGUCUGCUGGUGCUUCUGGUGCUGCUGGUGCUGUAGGUGCUUCUAGUGUUGGUACCAGUGCGGCCAGUGAUGGGAGUCCAGCUGUCAUGUCGCCGUUGGUCAUCCGCCGACGCAUGCAAUCCGCCCUGGAGUCGCAGAUCAGAUCUCUGCUGAAGCGCUGCCGCCCGGUGGCCUCUGCUGUGGACGUACACGUGGCAGGCCCCCGUUGGCUGAGGCAAUGGACGGCCAUGAUGAAGAGUGGAGCGCUGAGGCAGAUGAAAGAUGCGGAAGGAGCAGCAGCAGACACAGCACCUGCAGCAGCACCGCCACCACCAGCCAUAGCUGCACCAGCAGCACCAGCAUCAACAGCAGAUGCGUCACUAGCAGCAGCGGUGGCAGGAGCAGCGUCCCCUCUGUUCGUCCUGGACCCCUCUCGCUGUGCUCUCGUCAUCCACCACUCUGCUCUCUCCAACCAACGCGCCCUCUCUGCCGCUACCGACGCCCUCAUGGCCGCUCAACUGGGCGGCAGUCCGGGCGGCAGUCCGGGCGGCAGUUCGGGCGGCAGUUUGGGCGGCAGUUUGGGCAGCAUGGGACGAGAACCGGGCGGCAAGAACUCGAACGCGAGCGUGGCAUCGCAGCAGCAGCAGGGCCUUCCUCUCUCCUUCUCUCUCCUCUCCCCGUCCUUCUCAUCCCUCGCACCCUUCUCCCCUGUGCUUCUCAACCCGCCGGCACCGCUCUCCACCACACCGCAAUCCCACGCACCCACCACCCUCACAUCAGCCCUCUCAGCAGCACCCUCCUCAUCAUCAGAGCUAGUAGAGUCAGCUGCUGGGUCCAUCUGGGACUUUAUUGUGGGGCAGAGGGAGGUGAUGGAGGCCCGGUGGAAGGCCGCUCAGCCUCUCCCAGGGAGAGGCGUUGGUUGUGCCAGUGUUGGGGGCAGAGGGGGAAGCGGCGGCAGGGACGGCAGCGGUACAUCCUUAUUGUCCCUUCCUCCAGCCGCAGCUAUGCCAGCUGGUUCGGGUGCAGCAACAGGAGGAGGAGGAGGAGGAGAAGGAGAAGGAGCAGGAGAAGGAGGAAGUGAAGGGGCGGAUGCGGAAGCAGGGCCAGUGACAGGGGCGGCAGCAGGUGUGGGGGCAGGGGCAGGGGUGGGGAGAGGGGGCAUGAGGGGGAGGGGAGGGUGGGCGGGGGCGCUGGGGCUGACAAGAGGGGGAAUGGGGGGAGGGGGGGCAAGAGGGCGCAUGGGGGGAGGCGUGGGGGGGUCUGCAGGCGGAGUGGGGGGAGGGGGGCUGCCAUGGGAGCUACCAGAUUUUGACACGUGGCAGGCAGGGUGUGAGAGGGUGGCUCGUGUGGUGUGUGAGUGGAGAGGGAAAAGGGAUCAGGGUUCUGGUCAGAAAUGGGUGGCGGGGGUGGACGGAGGGUUUCAAGGAGAUGCGAAGGAGUUUGGUGCGGAAGAGGAGGAGGAAGAGGAGGAGGAAGAGGAGGAGGAAGAGGAGGGGGACGAGGAGGAGGAGGAAGAGGAGGAGGACGAGGAGGAGGAGGACAAGGAAGGGGGGGUGUAUCGGCAACACCAUCACUCCAAUCAUCAACAGCAGCAGCAUUACUCACGCCAUCCCAACCUCCCCUCACGAACACGCACAUGCACAGCGACCAAUCAGAUUCAUCCAGCUCACCUGCAGCCCGCUUCUCCUCCUUCCUCUGCCGCACAGCCCUCACCCGCGCCCUCCACACCUACCGCAGGGGCCUCGGGCAGCUCUACACUGCCCGAGUGCACCACGCGCACGUUCGGGCAGCUGUGA